UGUUCUGCGAAGGCAAACCCUACCCAGGACCAGCCCAACCGGUAUAGGAAGGGGAUGCCUUAAGAGUCCCUGACCCUGCAGCGAGCGCCUGCGGCUCCUAGAAGUCGCAGCAGAGGAGAGAGUCCUGUAAGGAAAGCGCCGCUCAAGGGACAGUUAGGAAGAGUCCCAGGGGUGGCCGAGAACGCUCUGCACCGUCUGGAGACGUCUGCGUCCAGGGCGGUGCCAUGUGGGGCGCACAUCGCGCGCCCCCCACCUCCGCCCGCCGCCGCACCGCCGCUUUGCUCCUGCCGCUGCUGCUGGCUGCGGUGCUGGCGGCGGGGGCGCAGGCCAGCGGCGAGUACUGCCAUGGCUGGCUCGAUGCGCAGGGCGUCUGGCGCAUCGGUUUCCAGUGCCCCGAGCGCUUCGACGGUGGCGAUGCCACCAUCUGCUGCGGCAGCUGCGCGUUACGCUACUGCUGCUCUAGCGCGGAGGCGCGCUUGGACCAGGGCGGCUGCGACAACGACCGCCAGCAGGGCGCGAGCGAGCCUGGCCGGGCGGACAAAGACGGCCCCGAUGGCUCAGCAGUUCCCAUCUAUGUGCCAUUCCUCAUCGUCGGCUCCGUGUUUGUUGCCUUUAUCAUCUUGGGGUCCCUUGUGGCGGCCUGUUGUUGCAGAUGCCUCCGACCGAAGCAGGAGCCCCAGCAGAGCAGAGCCCCGGGGGGCAGCCGCUUGAUGGAGACCAUCCCCAUGAUCCCCAGUGCCAGCACUUCCCGGGGCUCAUCCUCCCGCCAGUCCAGCACAGCUGCCAGUUCCAGCUCCAGCGCCAACUCAGGAGCCCGGGCACCCCCAACCAGAUCACAGACCAACUGUUGCUUGCCCGAGGGCACCAUGAACAAUGUGUAUGUCAACAUGCCCACCAAUUUCUCCGUGCUGAACUGUCAGCAGGCCACCCAGAUUGUGCCACAUCAAGGACAGUACCUGCAUCCUCCCUAUGUGGGGUACCCAGUGCAGCAUGACUCUGUGCCCAUGACACCGGUACCUCCUUUCAUUGACAGCCUGCAGCCUGGCUACCGGCAGAUCCAGCCCUCUUUCCCCCACACCAACAGUGAACAGAAGAUGUAUCCUGCGGUGACGGUAUAGCUCACAGGUCACCGGGCAGGGGAGGACUGGGCUGGAUCCUGAGGAGGAAUUCUGCCCCUUUUGGUGUGUCUAUGGUGCAGUUCUUUUGGAUGACUUCAUUUGCCCCAAAACUGUGUGAGAACAUCUCCGAGUUAGCUUUUCUGGGUAUGUUUCAUUCAGUGUAUCACUGAUUCACAUUGCCAAACAGUAUCUGCCAGCGUUACUGCCUGUAUCAUUGUUGAGUAGGUGACAGAUGCUUGAGCCUUUAAGUGCCCUUGAGGUGCGCAGUCACAAUUUUAUAAACUGAUAAGAUUAAGGGAUUUUAUUAUGUCAUUAUUUUUACUAUCCAAGAGUGAAAAUACCUAUCAGUUCCCUUUUUCCUGGGCCACUCUUAAAAAAAAAAUAAGCAUACAGGGUUCAAGGAAAAUGUAAAUAACAUGGCUAUUAUAAAAAGCAAUCUGUUCAAACUCUGUGAGAUUAGCCAUCAGUCUCAGUAUUCCAUAGGUACA